CUUGCUUUCAUCCGGCCCCUCUCGCCUUCACUCUGCCCGCCAUGUUCAGGUCAGCUUUCCGUGCAUCUUUCUCGCCUCUCCGGGUCGCACCGACCCUCCCGCCGCGCUCGCUUGCCAUUGCCAGGCGGUUCAUUACCGACGAUGCGCGGCUGAAGAUCCAACAAACCGUCGGCAGUACACCAGUCGUCUUAUUUAUGAAGGGCACACCAGAGCAGCCGCAGUGCGGCUUCUCAAGAGCGGCAAUACAGAUUCUCGAGAUGCAAGGUGUACCGCCGGAGAAGUUCACGUCAUUCAACGUACUGGAAGACAGUCAGCUGAGGGAGGACAUCAAGGAGUUCUCUGACUGGCCGACUAUUCCUCAGCUAUAUGUCCAAGGAGAGUUUGUAGGCGGAUGCGACAUUCUGCUGAGCAUGCACCAAAACGGCGAGCUUGAGAAGCUGCUCGAGCACAAGGGCGUUCUGCCUCCGCUUGAAGAGUCCGAAGCGAAGCCCGAGCUUGCUCAGUCAUGAUGGUCGUAAUUAAUGAAUUUCAUUACUCAUGGAACGGAAUGUACUGUGUUCAUAUCAUCCUACCCCCUUUACGUCCACCUCUCAGUGAUCCUCUGGAGCAUAUUCAAUGACACCGUUCGUGUCUAUGCUGCCCCGCUGCACCGUCUCGCCUUUCGCCCGCAUGAGGUCCUCUAUCGUCUUUAGCUUGCCUUCCUCCGUGCCCUCCUUGAACCAGCCCAAGUGAUCAGCAAUCAGAUGCCGGUUCUCACAGCCCGGGCACUGCACAAUGACAAUUCCCUUCGUGUAGCUCCUCUUGGUGAAUUCAUGCGUGGAACGUGUACCACAGUCCGUCACGGUGCAUGUGAAAGUGAGAGAAAGCCGGGGUUCUGGUGCUUGAAAGGAAAGGCUAGACCGCGGCGACCCAGAAGAGCUAGAUUGAGGGGGAAGAGAUGCGUGCGACGAAGGUCCCUCGGAUGUAUCCUUCCGCACACACGUCGAAGAGAAGUGUCUGCUCUCGAGCCCCAGUACCUUGCGUGUAGGAAGCCUUGAGAGCGCGCCUGGACACGGUGGUUGCCGUAUCCGAGCAUACCGUACAAGCCGAAGGGCAUUGAAUGUGUGGCUGGCUAGGUUCUUGACGAGCAUGACGAGAAGCUCAAGAUAAACAGCUAGGUUGGGACAGU